UACUAUUUAGAAUAAGGUAUCUAUCUACAUGUAGAAGCAGAUCAUUCCAGAUUUAACAUAAUUCAUAAACAAUACCAAUCACUUAUUUAUUUAUUUCACUUAGUACCAGAAUCGAAUUUGCCCCACAAAACCCCCAAUCACUCCAUGCUCUUCUUCCUUUUCAUGGUUCUACCCUCAGUUUCCCUCCUCCUGCACACCCCCAAAGUAUUAUAUAAACCCCUCUUGCUCCUUAACAAUUUAAUUAUCUCAUCACACUUUCUUCUUCCCACUGUCUUCUCUUCUCUCUCUCUCCCCAAUAUAUCUUCUUUAUAUCCUUUGCUGUUCAAUGGACAAGAACCAGAGGCAGGUUCGUCUCAUGAGGCAGUCCCUCUUUGAUCAGGGAUUUCUGGACGAGCAGUUUAUUCAGUUGGAGGAGCUGCAAGAUGAUGCUAACCCAAAUUUUGUGGAGGAAAUUGCUACAUCCUACUACCAAGAUUCAUCUAGAUCACUCCAAACCAUAGAGCUGGCGCUAGAGAAGACCCCUCAUGAUUUUAAUAAAUUGGACGGCUACAUGCAUCAGUUCAAGGGAAGUAGCUCAAGCAUCGGAGCCAAAAAGGUAAAAGCUGAGUGCCAACAGUUUAGGGAAUAUUGCAAGGCAGGAAAUGGAGAAGGAUGCAUGAGGACUUUCCAAGCAUUGAAGAGAGAACAUGCAACACUGAAGAAGAGGCUUGAGGCUUAUUUUCAGUUGGCAAGGCAAGCUGGACCUAUUGAGACAGCACGUCGCCCCAAGUGAAGAGAAAAUUAUUGACAGCCAGAGAGAGAGGCAGAGGCUACAAUUAAUUUGAGUGGUUGGUGGAUUUUGUACUAUGUAUGUGUUCCAACCUCUGUUAGAUUGUAUUAGGAGACUUAAUUAGGUGCUUUUGGAUUCUAAUAUCCCUGUAAGCUUUUCUCAAAAAAAAAAAAAAAAAAAAAAAAAUUUUCCCUGUAAGCUAUGCAAUUAAGUUUUUUUUCUUCAUGAUUAUCAUGUUCCUUGCUAGAAUAUGAAAUGGGCUUUAUUAUAUACAAUGAGAAUGCUUCAAAAUUUCUGGGGUUGGAUCAACACACCCUUGGUCUUGAGGCCCAAAUCAAUGCCCGCUAAAUUUAAAUCAAAUUCACCCUUACCAGAUAA